AUGAGUGCAGAAAAAGAAAUAGAGAAAUCCUCACAGAGCAAUGGUCUCGACCUCUCGUCUGAGAGGAUCCAGACUUCGAUCAAGAAAGGUGAUACUCACCUUGUCUACGAUGCAGGGGCCAAGACAGAUGGGACCAAAGCGCAUCCGCAACCGACCAAUGACCCGUUAGAUCCUUUAAACUGGUCGACUAUGCAAAAACAUGUUAUACUAGCAAUUGUAAUGCUGAAAUACUUUCUCUUCACGUAUCUUACAACUACGACAGUGCCUUCCUUCACGGAGAUUCAAGAUCAAUUUCAGAUCAGUUAUUCGCAAGUGAAUUGGACCGUCGCUAUACCCGCCCUCGGCCUAUCCAUUGGUCCUCUAAUGUGGUCUUCUUUGAGUGACAUAUACGGUCGUCGGUUAAUAUUCUUGGUUGGAACUACCAUAGCCUUGGUCUCAACAAUCGGCGCAGCUACCGCUGAUAGCUACUCUGGAUACAUGGCUGCCCGAUUUUUCCAGGGGCUUGGUGUCAGCCCUGCCUCAACUGUUGGCAUGGCUGUUGUGAAUGAUAUAUUCUUUGACUACGAGCGAGGACAGAAGCUUGGGUUGUGGGUGCUGGCGAUUGACUCUGGACUUCUCCUCGGACCGACCCUGGGUGGCUUUAUGAAUCUGGUCAGCUCCGCAUGGAUAAACUGGUUCAAUGCAAUUCUAUUUGCCGUUCUCUUGGUACUGGAGCUUUUCUUCAUGCCCGAGACGCUGUAUCCUCGACAGAAAAUGCUGCUUUAUCAAAGCAGUACUGUGACCAAUAGCAUCACCUCCAUCGCUGUUCAAAAACAGGAAACAGAGGGAACGGAGCCGCCCGCACGCGAGAUGCUCUCUAGAGAAUUCCCUUCAGACCUGCGCCGGACAAAAACUCUACCUUUCGUUAACUUACGUCCGAUCCCUGGCAUGAGGCAUCCUAAGCCCUGGGACUCUGUGACCCGCUUUUUCAUCACCUUCAAGUUCCCUACUGUUUCUAUCGCGGUGAUCGGAUAUUGUUUCCUUUGGUAUUGGUGGGUUCUAUCAGUCAUCACAAUGGUGCCAGCUGCAUAUGCGAAUUAUACACCACUCAUACAAGGGCUGUUGUUCCUUGGCUUGCUCCUAGGUACUAUAGUCUCAGAAAUCUUUUGCUCUGGGCGACUGAGUGACUACAUUGUUGAGAGGUUGGCAAAAAAGCGAGACGAUACUCGCGUUGCAGAGAUGCGUUUAUGGCUGGCGUACCCGGCUAUCUUGGUUACUGCAGUUGGUUCAAUCUUGUGGGGUAUUAGCAUUGAUCAAAAUUACCACUGGAUGAUUGGACAGGUUGCAUUCUUCCUCUUUGCCGCAGGGAUACAAAUCGGCAAUACUGUUACCAGCACUUAUAUUGUCGACAAUUAUCCUUUACAAUCAAUGAGUGUCAUAACUUUCUAUGCUGUUUUCCUCAAUUUGAGUGCAUUUAUCAACCCGUUUUUCAUUGCUCCUUGGCAAGCUUCAGUCGGCUGGACUUGGACCUUCACCGCGCAAGGCUUAAUCGUUCUAUUAGGAGGAGCCGUACUUUUUGGAUUUCUACACAGAUUCGGAGGGUUUAUGAGGAGUAAGGGGCCACAACCAUCCUGGGUUAACCCGGAAUAUGACAUAGUCGUGGAAGUCCAAGCUGAAUGA